GGUGCGAGGCGCGACCGCGCCGCGCUCGGUUCAUGAACACCAGAUGUGUACCGUUUGCCUUCCACGACGCACGUGUUUGUGAGUUCUGUGUUGUGUGUGAACUGUACCAGUGACGUGACCCGCUCUAAAGAUAUUACCCCUGCUUGUCGCCAAGUUGAAAUGUUGCACUUAUCGAAACUUUAAAGCUUCAUGUCAAUAAAGUUUCGACGGUUCUGGAGUAGAACGCGCGAAGACAAAGAAAGUGACCAUUUCGAAAGUGUGAAAUCGAGGACUAGCCGGUCCUUGAUGAACCCGACAACUUACAAUCCUUGCGCCCUUACACUUUGUAUCUCCAAAAGGCCUUGUCGCUAUUCAGCUAGAGAUCCAAGAUUAAGACAAUCAUCAAGAGAAAUCAGGAUCUCUUCGACGUAGAAAGUCUGUCCGGGUGUCAAACCCAAAUUCGGUAGAAAUCAACGUUCCUUAGAGGAGUGAAUUAGAGCACUGAAGUACGUACUUAGACCCGUACUUAAAACAAGCUCGCGUUAAAAACUAAUGGACUCGCAAAGAGCCCAGGCAAAUGGAAUUCCAGGGAAAGAGAAAGCAUUCAAGUAUGAACAAAAAGUACCGUCUGAAGAGGAGAAGACUACGUCUCCAUUGCUUUACAAAACUGACAACAUUAAGUAUAUAGAUGCGGCGGAUGACGACAAGUUGAACAAUGACGACAAACGUGAUAGAGAUCUAAAUACUGUCAAUUCUAUGAAAACGAAUCACGUUACAGAUAGUUUGGCUGUGUCCUAUUCUAAGAAUGAAAAAGAUGAAGAUGCGGUUUCUACCAAUGAAGGAGUUAAGUUCUUGGGGUUGGGCGAUACGGACAGUAUUUGCUCGAGCAGACCGCCCGAAGAGCAAGGCCCACAGAUACCUGACGGUGGUUGGGGAUGGGUAGUCGUAUUUGCGUCGUUCUUGAUCGCGACCGUCGCUGACGGUUUAGCCUUCUCGUAUGGAUUAAUCAAUGAAAAGUGGGUGAAGCACUUUAAUACGACCGAAGCCAAGGUUUCUCUGAUCGGAAGUUUGUUCAUAUCCGUCCCACUGAUAGCUGGUCCUAUAAUGAGUGCGCUUGUGGAUCGAUAUGGAUGCAGGAAAAUGACUAUGUUAGGAGGCGUAGCCUCUACUAUUGGAUUUGUAGCUGCAGCAGUCAGUGACUCUGUGGGAGUUUUGUAUGUGACUUAUGGUCUUAUGGCGGGUCUAGGAAUGGGGCUCCUGUACGUCACCGCUGUUGUAUCCAUAGCAUAUUGGUUUGAAAAGCGAAGAAAUCUGGCUGUUGGACUUGGCUCUUGUGGCGUUGGGUUCGGAACAUUCGUGUACUCACCGCUGACGACGUUUUUAUUAGACUACUAUGGAUGGAGAGGAACACUCCUGAUAUUGGCUGGCACAGUACUUAAUGUGUGCGUAUGUGGUGCUAUCAUGAGAGACCCUGAAUGGUUGAUUGAGGAGCAGAAGAAAAAUAGGAAAUUGAGUAAAGCGAAAAGAGCGUCGAGUUCAAUAUCGAUUUCUGCAAAAUCUGCAAAAUCAGGCGGUGGCGAGUCAGUAUAUCCUGGUACAGAAGAGUUGAAGUCAUUGAUGAAGAGUGGGGAGACACCGGAAUAUAUACUAACAGCACUAGUAGCAUCGAUAGCGGAAGCGGAACAAGUGGAAGCGACGACCAAAAUGAAUGCGGAUCUAUCACAAGCCAACAAAGUUAGCUCUGUCAUAAACUUGCCAACAUUCUUACGACAGAGUGAAAAGGUUCCAGUAGAAGUUCUAGAUCAACUAUCAACGAAUAAACGCCUAUACAAUAUUAUACUACAAAACUAUCCAUCACUUCUCGCUUUAAGAAGCAACUCCGAGCAGAAGCUUCCAAUCGAACCGGCUGCAGACGUUUCUAAAAACAAGCCAAUUAAAAUGUCAAUGAAAUUAAAAUUAAAUAAAAAAGAAAAAAAGAAGGAAUUUGAGACAAAACUGGAUAUUGUAAGGGAGAAACUAUUACAACCUAUACCAGAAAAUAAACCAGCCAUUAUAGCUCCUAGAACUGACCGCCAGGAUUGGUGGAAUUUGAAGACAGAUAAUCACUAUUUAAGAGGUAUCAGAGUACAUCGUAAUUCCAUUAUGCACAGAGGUGCCAUGAUGAACAUUGCGAAAUACAAGCUACGCGCGUCUUCAUGUCCUGAUAUUUAUAGAAAUUCCAUGUGGUCAAUGGAAGAACAAGAGAUUGAAGGCUCCUGGGGAAGGCGCUUAAUCGACGCAUUGAACAAAACCUUCGACUUCAACAUGUUUACCGAGUUCCACUUCCUGAUGAUGAACAUCUCCACCCUGGUGCUGUUUAUCUGGUUCAUCGUGCCGCUGUUUUACCUGCCCGGCUUCAUGGAGGAGACUGGGUACUCCACGUAUCAGGGCCCCGUGAUGCUGUCGGUGUUCGGUGUAGCCAAUAUUAUUGGUAUUGCGGGUCUCGGCUGGAUGGGUGACUUACCAUGGGUAAACAUCACGAAAACCUACGCAUUAUGUCUCAUCUUCUGCGGAGUCUCCAUUAUCAUGUUCCCCGUGCUCAUACGCAUCAUGGACCCGCUGGCGCCUCACAGCUUCUACAUAAUCGCAGUGAACGUCGUGAUAUUCGGGCUGACAUUCUCGAGUUCGUACUCGUACACGCCGAGUAUUUUGGUGGAGCUGAUCGCCUUGGAGCGGUUUACUAUGGCGUAUGGGCUGGUGCUGCUGAGUCAAGGGUUGGGGCAUCUUGUUGGACCACCGAUGGCUGGUGGCUUGAAAGACAAGACCGGCUACUGGGACGCCGCAUUCUACGUGGCCGGCAUCUGGGUGAUCAUCUCCGGUAUUCUGGUCGGUGUGAUCCCCUACACAAAGAACUUCCGGAUCUGCGGCAAAGCUCCGCUAGCGAAGGAUGUUGCUUCGGAACCUGAUCCGGGUGUUAGGAUCAUUGUGCAUUAAAGAAGAAGGAACGUGCGCUUUGGAGGGUCUGCCAUCUUGUGACUUGAACAGGAAACUUAAACUUGUGAUAUCUAUACAGGCACAGCAGAUCCCGCAGGUUCCUUAGAAUAGUUAGAAUCGAAAAGUUGUGGCCUAAAACGAAAACUUAAACAAGAGAUUUUGCACUUUUCUCCAAGAGAAUUCAUGUGCUGCCCCUACACAAUACACGCAAACCCCCUAUACGUGUUUUAAGGACUUUGCAACAAAUGGCAUGCCAUUUUACAUACAUUGCCAGCUAAGUAGGUGCAACGAUUUCAAAAGAUCUAUGUAAAGCCGCAAUGUAUCGCAAAUGGCAUGCGAUUAUCGGUGAAGUUUUUGGAGGCCAUUAGAUAAUUUUGCAAAAUUGAGGUUAGAGAGUUGUACGUACCUAGAUUUAUUUAAAUUUGAAGUGACGAGCGUGCCUUAGAAUUAUAUAUCAUCGGAGUUAUUUGUGAUGAAUAUGAUGAUCUACAUACUUUUGUAUUUUAUUAUAGGUAAUUAUAGCUAUCGUUUUUGCUUUAUUAAAAUUUAAACACUCCGUGAUUUUAGUAAUUAUUAUUAGGUACCUAGAUAGCGUUUGGUAUUGUGCCUAUAAUUUUAAAUAGAUAUAAAGAAUUACCUACAUAUGAUCAUGUUUAAAAUUCAGUUUCUGUAAUUGACUGAUUGCAUAAAUUUGGCAAGUAAGUAGUUAAAAUUAUUUGCCUAGGUACCUACAUAAUUUCUAAGUUUUGUAUUAGAACUAGAUACAUAAAUAGUUUAAAAUCAAGUUUGUGAAAUAGAGCGAUUAAUUCCUUUAUUCAUUGAACCUUCAAUGGUAAAGGAUUGUAUUUUCAUUACAGUUUUACUUACCUACAUAUUAUGGGUGUGUGUUGGUUUUGUAUUUUUUCUUUACUUUUUGUAGCAAUCAUUCUGUUUAGACAUUACAUUUAAUAGGUACCUAGAAAACUUAGGUUCUUUUAUGGUUCUUUUGAGAUUUUUGUAUGAAUGAUUAUGAAGCCGAAUUAUGAACUAGGUAUAACUAUUUUUAGUUUUCACCUAUCAAGUUUGUCCAUAGGAGAUUGGUUUAUGUACCAUCACGCUCUGCGAUUGUUGCGCCAUUUAGGGUCCCAGCUAAAUUGGUUGUUCAAUACUUAGGUACGCUAUAGAAUUUCCAAUUUAGCAAAAACCCUAAAUGGCAUAAGAAUCCCAUCCCGUGUGGUGACUGUACCUAUUUUAUUCAAUUGGAAUACCUAUAGGUAGAAUUUUCAAUUGUAAAAAUAAAAUAAUAAAAUUACUUGCCAUUUUAAACACCGAUUUUGUAAACAAUGAAUUUACUUUGUAUGAAAACUGUUUUUAAAGUAUUUUAGUUAAUAAGUUUGUUGACUCUACUUACAUAAUAUUUACAUUAGUUGUAAUUUGAUUAACAAUUUAUUACAAAAUUAAAGUUUGUCUUAAAAAAAUGCU